AUGAUUAAUACAUAAGUUCAAUUGAAGAGGGAAUAGUUUGUUAUUCAGAUUCGAAAGUAAGCUAGAGAAGAAAUCUUUUCAAGAAAGAGACUCACAGUUUUGAAUGGCAAUAUAGAUGUAGAUUUGAAGUGCUCUCCUGAUGAAAUGAUUCUCUAAAUUUAUAAUAGUUUUAUGCUCAAAGAUUUUAAGACACUAAAGGAUUUAUUAUUUAGAUAUAAUGAGUAAUUCCUAAUAAUCAUCCUAAGAAAGUAAUAGGGUGAUGAUGUGUUUAUGAAUUAAUAUGUUAAUCAUUUUGGUUUAAAUUAAGAAACCCUCCAAUUAUUCAUUCAAAUAUUGUGUAUGUCUGAUGUUUCUUAGGAAAGUAAUAUAGAUGAGAUUAGAAUGCAUAAUAUAAAUCAAGUUCUAAUAAUAUUGGUGAACAUUACAUAUCUGACUGCUCCAUAAAUCAUUAAUAAUUUAUUGAAUCAUGAUAUAUUAGAUAUACUUUUGAAUGAUAUAUUGGGUCGUAUGAAUACAAAACAAAAGUUAGAAAAGAAUUUUGAAGUUUGGUAAUCGAUAAUUGAUAGUGUAAUAUUAUUACUUACUUGCAGCUCUGUUAACUAUUUAUAAAUAUGUUACUGGAUUUAUAAGAUUAAAGAGGAGUGUAAAUGAAAAUGGAAAUAAUGAAAUCACCAUUCUUUAAAAUAUGGCAAUAUAUUUAUAAAGAGUAUCCACCAUAACAUCUUUGGAAUUCAAUGUUAUAUUUAUAAUAAAUUCUUUUUAUGAAUCCAAAAAUUUAAGAUAUAGAAAUAGUGUCAUCAAAUGUAUAUCCUAUUAUAUUAUAUCAAUAUAGAUGUAGAGAAUACUUAAAUAGUGUAGUUAUGUAAUAAUUGAAUUUUCAGAUUAAGAUUAAUUGUAUGAGAGAGCAUUAAUAUUAAUUUAUUAAUGUACUUAAUAUUAGUUAUAGACUACAAUUGUGUUAACAAAAUAACUUUGGGUGAAAAUGAUACUAAUCAAUAAAUUUCCCUUAUUGAUGUAUGAUCUAUUCAUCAAAUUCACUUCUGUGAAUUAUAAUUAGGAUUCUCCAGCUUCUGAGUUGAAUACUGAAAAACAUUUGAUCGAUAUUAAUGUAUUAAAUAACAUGUUGUUUUGGUUAUCAAAAUCAUAAGAUGAAGAUUUAAUUAUUAAGAUAUAUCAAUGUUUGAAUAAUAUUCUGACAUUCGAAUAUCCACAUCUUGCUAGUGUAGUCAUUUAUCAUUUUCUGCCCAUUUGCUAACAAUAUUAAGAAGUUUAAUCUUAUUGUAAAGCAGAAUUUGCUGAUGAAUAUUUGAUAUUAAUUAAAAACCUCAUUAAAUGUUAGAAAUUAACUGAAAUUAAUCUAAAUUAAAUAUUGAAAGAAUACAAUGUAAUGAAGUAAAUUAAAAAAAUGUAAAUCAUUAUAAAUUUAUUGUUAGAUUAUUAUAGUGUUGCUUUGAAUCUUGCAAUCUUUUGGAUUUAUUUGAUGCAUUUGAUCUCUUAUCUAUUGAAUUUAAAUAUGAAGUCUUAAAAAGGAUUGUCAAUUAUUAAAUAAUUGAGAUUCUCAAUAAUUUACAUUCUAAAAAAUAUAUUAAUGAAAAUUUUAUUGAUAUUUUAUUGGAACAAAUAGCUAAAUGGGAAUAAGAAACUCAUGAGUUAAAUUAUUCUUGA